AUGACGGGAGGCAAAGGAGGCAGUAGUGGUGGUGGGAAAGGAGGCGGGGGAGGAGGAGGAGGAAAAGGUGGUGGUGGGGCAAAAAGUGGAAGCGGUGGAGGGGGAAAAGGUGGUGGCAGCGGUGGUGGGUCAAAAGGGGGAGGCGGUUCAGGCAUGAUGGUGGCACCAGGAAGUGGAGGGUCAUCUCAGAUAUCAAGGGGUGGUUUUGAGAGUAACCCACAAGGUUACUUUAGUGGUCUUCAUGCUAGUGACAAAGGGAGCAAUUAAGUACGUAAUUACGUACUACGUAGCAUCCAAGCUAUUCGCUACUCCAUUAUAUACUCCUACGUGUUUCUUUUACUACUACAGUACUACUACGUACGUACUUGUUUAUAUAUAUCUAAGUCCGAUAGAUAUGAAUUAUGAUAGUACUUCUGCAUCGAAUAGCUUGAUCUAUAAUAUACUUCGUAUAUAUUUUUUUCUUUUUUUAAGCAAUCUAUGAUGGUUGUCUUGUAAUUAU